AUGCGACAAUUGAGAAAACUUGCUACUAUGUGGAUCGGGUCCGGUUGGAUUUGUGAAGAUCAAGCUUAUGAUUAUGAAGCCGAGUUAAAUAGGCUUGAUUUAGAUUUACCGGGUUGGUGUGUGAUUGAUGUCGAGAGGUUUACAGGGAACUCUCAAGGGCAGUCCACUUUUAAGUAUGUAAGAACUCCUCAAGAGCAAGCUGCUUUUAGUCAACAAAUCAUCACAAAUGUUCAAUUAUGUGCGGUGAGAGUCAGAUUUCAUAGUAAACUAGCUGUACCUUCAAGUGAAGCACCUGAAUGGGUUAAAAAAUCAGCUCCGCGCCAUCGACAGAUUUGUAUUGAAAGAGCUAUCAAACUAUUGAGACUUGAAUUGAUCCAUCUUUCGAACACGACUAGACUGUUGGGUCACAGUGGAUAUCCUAGGUUUCAUCCAAUAGUCGGAGGUCUCACGCUUUGUGCUCUGAUGGCUAAAAGUUCUGAUCGUUUAGAAAGGAAACGAAUAUUCGAAGAACUUGAAAGGUUUACAGAGUUUAUCAAAUCUCAAGGAUCUUUAUCGCAAGUAACAAAUAUAGGUAGAUUAGCUAUUGAGACACUAUUGACCAAAGUCAAAAAGGAAGAGUUAGCAGAAGAAGCUUCUCGACGUCAGUCGAUGUACCAACAAACACCUUUAAAGAAGGGGUCAACUGGCGACUUUUUAAGACUGUACUCGAGCGACAACCAUCCUUCUGAAGAUCAUUCCUCUCGAAAUGAAGUAUCGGGCUGCGGGUCUCCAAAACAGGCUGAUCGACCCCAUUCACCAGUGUCGCCAACGAGUUGGGUGAAGGAGACCAAAGAAUCGAGAAACCUUGAUCGGAUGGAUGGUAGGGAGGAUAUGCAGAUAUCUAGAGAUCAACAGACACGGCCAAUGCACAUGCAGCACUACACGUCUGAUCAAAGCACUAGCGAAGCACCGAUUCAUCACUGUAAUCAUCAAGUGCAGUCGAAUCUCAAUCCUGGUUGCGACUGUAGGUCGAGAGGGGACACCGGAAGAUUAGAUCAGAGAAUGGGGCCAUCUGAACCAUGUGUCGGCAAAGAGGGACAAGCAUGGGGUCCUGAAGUAGGAAGACAGACUGGGUUCGGAAAUGAACCUCGAGAAUGCAAACCGAUUUCGAUCGAUGACUUCAUUUCAACAUUCAUUGGUGGACCACCACAAGGCAAUUCGUUGAAAUGGGGCGAAGGUAUUCUUGGGCAGAUUGGUGGGGAAAGAUCAGAUGCUGGUAUCAUAAAUUGGGGAGUAGCUCAAGAUAGAUUCUCAGGGAGUGAAAAAGUCGAAGAUGCCAGAACGUACAAAUCGCAGGGUGUCAGAGAAGAAUGGGUUAACCUCGAGACGCCUCAUAUGGGUAGAUCUAAUGAUUCGAUGAUGGGUGGUCUUAGUCAUCCUAUAGCGUAUGCCGAUAACGACAGAUCGAUGAGAAAUGGUCAAUCUGGUACCACUGCGCCCAGCGUGAGAUCAUCAAGCCAAGAUGGACGUUUGAAUCAGCCUCUUUCUGGCCAUGGGGGAACCGAUUUCGAAGACUUACUCCCCACUCAAAACCUUGCGAUCUCAGCUCGUACAUUUACUCCACAAGUGGUGAAUCGUGCUGAUAAUUCCUCCUCUACGUCUGCUUGGAAUCCAUACGGUGGACCUUGGCCUUCUUCUGCAACUCCUACUCAUCAUUCAUUCUUUGGUGCUCCUUCAAAUUCAUUCUUAUCUGGCUCACCACCCUUUUCUGCACCUAUUGCAUCUGGUUUCCCAUUAUUCAAUCACCAAUCUUUUCAAAACUUUCAUCCAUCAAAUCAUCUCUCUGUUUCUCAAUCUUCGAACUCUGGCACUGCUCUUCAAUAUCUACCUAAACAUCCUGAAGGUUUAGAACAUCUCUUUGAUCUUACAACUGGUGUAUCAACACCUUCUAUUCCUUCUGCAACUUCAAGUUCUUUCUCGUCCAAUCCAUAUGGCUUAAGUUCUUCUAAUUCUAAUGGUACUUGUCAUUCUUGGAAACAAGAAUGGUAA